CUGAACUCAGCAAAAAAAGGAAAGAAAAGCAUAGAUUUUUUUUUUUUUGUUCUAGAAGACCCUGCCACGAAAGCGGCAAAAACAAGUGCGCUGUACAAAAAGAAGGAGGAAGAUAAGGAAAAGAAAUACUUGGGAAAGCUUUCCUACAGUUUGGAGUAUGAUUUUGACAAAAAUGCGUUUCCAAUCAUGACAACCCCCGGUUGCCGUAAUCAGACUGAUAGGACGACAUUGUGUAACAGUGAAUGGGGUGUUAAGUCAACAACAACCCUUUUAACCCAAAUGACAUUUUUAUAAGA